AUUUCUAUUGUUUCUGAAACGAAUACUUCUUUCAAAACUGAAUGAGUUUGUUCGUUGCUUCGGUUUCGGUGUAGGGCUAUUGACAGCUAAGCUAACGAAGUUUAUGUUGUUGGCGUACCCGGUUUCUCUUAUAUAACUGUGGAGUCGCACAGAGUGCAAUUAGGUAAUGUUGGAAGUAUGAGGUAAUCCAGAGAAUGUAUUUAAAAUUAAUUGAUGGAAUUAUGCCAAAACGUUUCUAUCUUGCAGGAAAACAUGAACAUUGAGAGGUUUACAUCUUUGAGAAUCUAGGGUAGUGGAACACGUUACUAUUUUAUGCAGGAUCUAUAUUUAGAAGAUGUGAAAAUUUAAAACAAUGCGUGAAUUAAGUGAUUACCGCCGUGACAACAUGGGGUUUCUACACCAGCUGGGCUUGCUGCUGUGGAAGAAUUUCACCCUGAAGAAAAGGAGCCCAUUUGUGUUACUGUUUGAGUUGUUUAUACCACUGGUUUUGUUUGUGAUACUAUUGUCCAUCAGAAAGAGGGAGAUGCCAUCACCACAGAGGACACGUCAUUGGGCCACACAAGCUCUGCCGUCCUCUGGGGCAAUACCCAUAAUGCAGUCAUUCUGUGAAGAGAACAACCAGCCACAAAAUGCAUCUGAUCCUCACUCCAAGGAAGCCAGUGCCACAGAAUUCCUGCAAAAGUUGCAGACGCUGGGAACGCAACAUAAUUUCUUCUAUCCUGGUUACACUCCUCGAGAGAUGGAACAGCUACCAGACAUAUACAAGAAGAUUUUGGAUGAGCCAACAUCUCUACAGCAAUCAUUCCAAACUGCUUCAAAUUUUCAGCUAGAUUCAUUAUUUGCAUCAACAACAAGACUGAAAAAUUUCCUGAAGAAUAAUUUGUCCAUGUCAAGCAGUGAAAUUAACACAAUUUUGAAUUCCACAGUCAAUGUAAAAGAGGUUUAUAGAUUGCUGUUUGGGUCAUUUCCCGAUGUGUUAAAUCAUACUAGGGUGCAUCGCAGUUUAGACAAGAUUCCAGAAUUUCAAAACCUUGGAAAAAUCCUGACUUCUCCCCAGAUGCCGAAGACAUCGCUACUUGAUCAUGCAAAUCUGAUCACACAGUUAAUGUCAGAAAUGGUACCUGACUUCCAGCAUGGGAUCUUGCAUAGACUAAUGAACCAGAGUGCACUGUGGAAUGAUUCCAAAUUUACUGGAUUUUUGUUUCACUACCUUGGCAUUGAGGCAGGACAGUUUCCUAUACCAAAGACACUAAGCCCAGAGGAAGUGGCAGAAAUUCUAAAGCUAUUGUUGCUGUCACCAGAAGCACUACAUGAAGCUGCCUGUGACAGGGAAGAAUUACAAAAACUGUUGAUUCCACAACCUCCAAAUAAUGUCUCAGAUCUGCUGGAUGCUCAGACAAUCUUUUGUAACAUGACAGAUAAGGACUUCAAAAUAUUGUCACAGAUACUCAAUGGAGAAAUUGUUGAUAGUAAAAUGGUGAAAGUGCUUGGACUUACACCACUAAAUUUUUCCAAAAUUUACAACCAAGUUGAACAGUUCAUGAUAGAUGUUGAGAAGUUUUACAGAUUCCAGACCUACCUUUUAGACCUAAGUAUUCUUGUUGAGGUAUUACCUCAAGAUGGAUGUGACCUCAUGUAUGAGGACAAUAGUACAACAAAUGCUCCCCCAGUACCCAUCACUGAAUCUGUCAAGACUACAACUCCAGUACCUGAUCCAGAUGCGAAGCCGGUAAAACCAAACAAGUUUGCAGGAUUCCUGAAAUUCUGGGAUGGUAUGCAGAAGACAAUAUGUGGCCAUGAUCCUCCAGAUAGGAAAAAUAAAGGAAGUAGGACAGGAACUCCAACUUCCAAGCCUUGGAAUGACACAGAUGUAACAAAUUCCACAGACCAGUCAAACUCUACAGCUUCUGAUGACCCAGAUGUAAAUCCAGAAGUGGUUGUUCAUGAAAGAAAAAGAAGAUCUGCUGAUGAAGAAUUUGAAGACUUUGAUGUUGGUGCACUCGGACUGAACUAUAAACAGCGGAAGAAUCUAAAGAUUUUGAUACACGUCCUAUACAGUAACCCCAAGGUGUUAUAUGCUCCAAAUAACACUGCUGUUCGCACGAUCAUCAAAAAGGCCAAUGAUACAUUCAAGCUGAUAGAUUCAGUGAGUGACUAUGCUAAGGAAUGGUUGACCAUCUCCUCUGACCUGAGACUAUACCUCAGUAAGGACUCUACAAGACAGAAUAUCAAAACUAUACAACAGAUACAAAAAGAUUUACGAGAGAAAAAGAGUGUUCUGUCAUUCCUACUACACGGAGAUGCUCGUCAAGAGCAGUUCCUGAACCUGACCAUCCCAGACGCUGAUUUCUUCCUACAUGAGAUAGAUUCAAUUGAUAAUGCAGCGUGUACCUGGCGGACAUUGAUGUCCGGCAUCAACCUCAACGUGUUUAAAGGGUUUGCCAGUGAGUGGGAAAUGGUUGACUUUUUCCUGACACAGCAGUAUCACCAGAAUGUCAGUGCUAUAGCUGGUGUUGUGUUUGAGAAUGUGCAUGCUAACGGGACGCUGCCACCUCAUAUAAGAUACAAGAUACGUCAGAAUGCUACAUUCACACCUACCACUAAACGUGUAAGGGACAAGUAUUGGUUCCCCGGGCCCGGCUCAGGAGACUAUCCAUAUUACUCUUUUGGCUUCACUUGGAUCCAGGAUGUGAUAGAGAGAGCCAUAAUUAAUGUUCAAGUAGGAAGAGAUGUUGUGGAACCAGGGUCAUAUUUUGUUAGAUUUCCCUACCCCUGCUGGCUGUAUGAUAAAUUUGUGUUUAUGAUAGAACAUGUUAUGCCACUGUGUUUGACAAUAUCCUGGGUAUAUUCUGUGGCCAUGUUAGUGCAAAGCAUUGUGUAUGAGAAAGAACAAAGGCUAAAAGAGGUGAUGAAGAUGAUGGGCCUCAGCAAUGCUGUUCACUGGCUAGCCUGGUUCCUCACUACAUUUGUACAGUUCACCGUUACCAUGGUUGUCCUCACAGCAAUGCUCAAAUAUGGACAUGUUCUCACUUACAGCAAUGCACUAGUAGUCUUCACUACUCUAGAACUGUUUGCCAUAGCAACCAUAUCAUUCUGUUUCCUGAUCAGUACACUAUAUUCCAAGGCGAAGGUUGCUGCAGCAUGUGCGGGCAUCAUCUACUUCUUGACCUAUGUACCUUACAUGUAUGUUGCCAUCAAAGAAGAUGUGGCAGGUGAUAGCAUCUCCUCUAUAGUGAAAACACUUGUGUCACUGUUUUCCACAACUGCCUUUGGUCUUGGAGGGAAAUAUUUUGCAUUUUAUGAGGAGACAGGUGUUGGUGUACAAUGGAACAACAUUUAUAUAUCUCCUGUAGAGGGUGACCAAUAUAACCUGCUCAUGGUUCAGCUGAUGAUGAUCUUUGAUGCUUUCUUGUAUGGCAUACUGGCAUGGUAUAUAGAAAAUGUUUUCCCAGGAUCAUUUGGAUUACCCAAGCCUUGGUAUUUCCCUUUCACACGUUCCUACUGGUGCGGAGGUCACAUGAAAUUAGCGGAUACAGAAUGCUGUAGUAUAUCUGGAUUGUGUCACAGACAUCAGGGGUUCUCCGUGAUGGAAGAAGACCAGGCUGGGGCCAUUGGAAGGGAUCCAGAUGAAGCAUCCAAAUUUGAGGCGGAGCCAAGUCACCUGACACAGGGUGUGUGUAUAGAUCAUCUAACGAAGGUGUAUAAAACUGGUAAAAAAGUGGCUGUGAAGAAUUUAAGCCUGAACCUGUAUGAAGGGCAGAUAACUUCAUUCCUCGGACAUAAUGGGGCUGGAAAAACUACAACUAUGUCCAUUUUAACAGGUUUCUUCCCGCCUACUUCUGGCACUGCUUCCAUAUAUGGUAAUGAUAUACGAACAGACAUGGAAAUAAUUCGACAAGGUCUCGGCAUGUGUCCACAACAUAAUGUCCUCUUUGAUAAACUUACUGUGGAAGAACAUCUCUGGUUCUAUGCUAGAUUGAAAGGCAUGAAGACUUCAGAUAUCAACUUAGAAAUGGACAUGAUGAUAGAUGAUCUGGGAUUGCCAAAGAAACGUAAAAGUCAGAUAGACUGCCUCUCGGGUGGUAUGCAGCGUAAACUGUCAGUUGCCAUAGCUUUUGUUGGUGGGUCUCGUACUGUCAUCCUUGAUGAACCAACAGCUGGGGUUGACCCAUAUGCACGACGAGCAAUCUGGGACCUGCUGAUCAAGUACAAGAGUGGACGGACAAUUCUUCUGUCAACACAUCACAUGGACGAGGCAGACUUACUAGGUGAUAGGAUAGCGAUUAUAUCAAAUGGAGAGAUGAAAUGCUAUGGAAGUUCAUUGUUUCUAAAGAAUACAUUCUGUGAAGGUUAUCACCUGAAGCUUGUCAAACAAGAGAAGGAAGAAGAUAUACGCUCAACAGAUACCUUAGACAGUGCAGAAGCAUCCCAGCAUGCAUUUGUCUCGAAAUGUGAGUCAUCUGCUGUUACUGGAUAUAUACAGAAAUAUGUGUCGUCUGCUUACCUGAAAACAGAAACAAGGCGAGAACUUCAUUACAUACUGCCAUAUCAGGAGGCCCAGAAAGGGAACUUUGAAAAACUGUUUCAGGCCCUUGAAUCUGGAGAACAAGAUUUGCACAUCAGUAGUUACGGUGUUGCUGACAGCCAGUUGGAGGAAGUCUUUCUUGAGGUCACUGAAAAUGCUAUGAAGGAAGAUGAUGACAAACUAGAACCAAAACCUUUAGAAACCUUGAAUCCUACGCCUGACUUGCAGACUAGGGCUCCUUCUCCACCAUUGGAGGAUUUACUUGAUGAAGCAGCUGGUGGCCAGUCAGAACCCCAGAUAAAACCAGCCAGUCAGAAUGGAGGAAAUGAACUGGAACUAGGUCACAUGACUGACUCACCAACCAGUGGCAGUGAGAAUGGUCACAUGUCUGAAAACCUGACCAAUCACAGAAUAGAAAAUCAAGUCAGUGUAGAACGAGACAAUGAAAUAGAUGCAAGAAACUUUGAGAUGUUGUCAGGAAAAGGUUCUCGCAUUCUGCCUAAAAACUUACUGCUGCUUAACCACUUCAGAGCUGUGAUUUUUAAACGCUUCCAUUACAUAACACGUAAUUGGAAAGGAUUAUUUUCCCAGAUUCUGUUGCCAGCACUGUUUGUGUCAAUCGCCAUGACAGUGGCCCUUUCAGCCCCAAAAGAUGAAGAUCUUCCUCCACUAGAAAUGAGUCCCUCACAGUACUAUAAUGUUACACAACCGAAGGGAAAUUAUAUCCCAUAUUCAAAUGAGCACAUUAGCGAUAGAGCAUUGAAAUACAUGACAGAUGCUGGGCCUGUUGAGCUAAUCAAUACAUUUAAAUUACCAUCAGGUGUGGGUGCAACGUGUGUACUGAAAUCUCCAUACAACAGUUCCAUUGACUUGGAUAUCUUCAAGAACUUGAAUCUGUCAGACCACACCCUCCAGCUGUUGUCCAGAUACUAUGAGAGAGGAUGUGAGAGGGUGUUUGUACAGGGAAUACAGCUAGAGAAUUACGUGCCCCGGGCAGCUGUUGUCUCUGAUAAAGGGAAACUUGUUGAAAUACCAGACUUUAUUAAACCAACUAAGAGUAUUCCAACAGAGAGGUAUGAACCCGAAUGUGUGUGUAAGACUGACAAGUCUGGGUUUGAGUGUUCCACUGCAGAGAGAAGUCCGCCAGAGUUCCGGGUGGUUACACGUGACAUCAUGCAGGAUAUUUCAGUGAAGGAAAUGAAAUUGAGCAUGCAAGAAAGAAGCAAAUAUUACCUCUAUACUACAGAUGAAUAUAGACUUCAUAGGUAUGGAGCAUUUAGUUUUGGUACAGAGAGAGAGUUUGUACCAGAGAAUUUUGGCAAGGGUAGUCCUACUGUAUUCAGACAUGUGGCUGUCAGAGGCUCGGCUUUGACCUGGUUUAACAACAAAGGUUACCACUCCAUGCCAGUAUUCCUGAAUACAUUGAACAAUGCUAUACUGAGGGCAAAUCUUCCUAAGAAGAAAGGCCAUCCCUCGGCAUAUGGUAUUACCUUAACAAACCAUCCAAUGAACCAGACAAACAAUAUUCUCAAUGUGGACUAUAUAUUACAGGGAGCUGAUGUUCUUAUAGCAAUAUUUAUCAUAGUGGCCAUGUCCUUUGUACCAGCCAGUUUUGUCGUGUUUCUGGUGUAUGAGAAAUCCAGCAAGGCAAAACAUCUACAGUUUGUCAGUGGCUUAAAUCCAAUAAUAUACUGGAUUGGAAACUACGUAUGGGAUAUGUGUAACUAUGUGAUACCAGCAAUAUGCAUCAUUGUAAUACUGUUAGCCUUCCAGAUACCAGCUUACGUGUCUUCCACCAAUCUUCCAGCAGUCAUUGCUCUCUUCUUUCUCUAUGGAUGGUCUAUGACCCCAGUGAUGUACCCAGCAUCGUUUUUCUUCAAGGAGCCAAGUACAGCAUAUAUCUUCCUGAUUGUGAUCAACCUGUUCACAGGUAUCACGUGCAUUGUGUCCAGCUUUCUGCUCGAGAUCUUCUCAUAUGAUAAGGCAUUAGAUAAAGCACACAAGAUAAUGAAAGAUGUCUUCCUGAUCUUCCCAAACUAUUGUCUGGGUCGGGGCCUCAUGGACAUUGCCUUUAACCAGUAUAAAAAUGAAUUCUACUUCAAAACUGGUCAGUAUGACAUGAUGCAGUCGCCACUACGCUGGGAUCUGAUCACAAGAAAGUUGGUCAUUAUGUCUAUCAUGGGUCUUGUGUUCUUUGUGAUCACAUUGUUAUGUGAAUACAGGUUCUUCAUAAAAGCUAGGCGACAUGACAAGUUUGUGCAGAGUAAUGUAGGUGAGGAAGAUGUAGACGUGGCAGCAGAGAGAAAGAGGAUCCUGAGGGGAACUGGGAAAAAUGAUCUUCUAAGACUGGAGAACCUUACCAAGGUUUACAAAACUAGAAAGUUGGGCCACCAUCUUGCUGUUGAUAAACUGUGUAUUGGUGUACCAGAAGGAGAGUGUUUUGGUUUGCUUGGUGUAAAUGGGGCAGGAAAGACAACCACAUUCAAGAUGUUGACGGGAGAUUUGAGACCUACUGCUGGUGAUGCCCACCUCAACAGAUACAGUAUAUCAAAGGACAUGUUGAAGGUACAGCAGAAUAUAGGGUAUUGUCCCCAGUUUGAUGCUUUGUUUGAUGAACUAACUGCACGAGAACAUAUACAGCUAUACAGCAGGCUGAGAGGGGUGCCUCCAUCCGAGGAGGCUCAGAUUGUAGAGUGGGCUCUGAAGAAAUUAUGUUUAUCCCAAUACCAGAACAGACCUGCAGGCACAUACAGUGGCGGCAAUAAAAGAAAACUAUCCACUGCUAUAGCUCUCAUAGGACAUCCACCACUAAUAUUUCUGGAUGAGCCAACUACAGGUAUGGACCCUCAUUCCAGACGUUUUCUGUGGGACCUCAUACUUAGUCUUAUCAAAGAUGGUCGCUCUGUCAUCCUUACUUCUCAUAGUAUGGAGGAGUGUGAAGCUCUGUGUACAAGGUUGGCGAUUAUGGUAAAUGGGAAAUUCAAGUGCCUAGGCAGUAUACAGCAUCUGAAAAAUAAAUACGGAGAUGGUUACACUCUCAGUUUACGACUCAAAGGACCUGAUUUUGAACGAUCUCAACGGCAAGCCCAAAGAUUUGUAAAGCACAAUUUUCCUGAGGCUGUGAUCAAGGAGUGCCAUUAUAAUCUACUACAGUUUGAAAUGAAGUGUCAAGAUCUCUCUCUGUCUUAUGUAUUCUCCAAACUUGAAGAGGCUCAAAAAGAUUUAAAUAUAGAAGACUACUCUGUUAGUCAAAAUACUCUGGAUAAUGUAUUUAUAAACUUUGUAAAACAACAAGUUGAGAUUGUCGAAGAAAGUGGCGUUGAAUUACCAACAGACGCAUGCGAACAUCCACAGAGAACUCGUGCUGUGUCUUCAACUUCUUCAUCAGGAUUAGCAGACGACUUUGAUGAAGAUCUUAUAAGGGAGGUAAAUGUGUCAGAUUCUCAACUUGAAUUGGAAGAUGAUGUUCCAUUGUUGAGCUUUGAUGGACGUGGGACACAUCUGACACUGCUGAGUAUGGAUCCAGUGAAUACUUGAAAUCCAGUGCAAUAUAAAGAACUUCAAAAUACAGACCAAGCCUAAAUAGAGAAAGGCUCUUCCCAUUGAAGGAUCUCAAAUAUUUAUUUUUAUGAAAAUUAUAUUUUUCAUUUUACAUAUUCCAUUUUCAUUAAGUCUGCCUGGUAUUGAAAUGACUGUGUUUUAUUGUACAUGUAAUUCCAGUAUCAGAAAAGUGCUGAAAGUGUCAUGCAAAUGUGUUUUUAUGCCCCAGGGCAUAUAGUGAUUUAACUGUCUGUUUAUCUGUCUGUACAAACCAAAUUUUACUAUUACACAUACACCAACGUUAAUGACCUGAUUAAGUUCAUACUCGUACUCAAAUAUUCUUGUGGCAAGACCUACAAUCUGACCUAUAUAUAAAUGACAUUGACCCUUAUAUGACUCUCACCUUCAAACUUAAAACCUUAAACAUUAUUUUUGGCUCUACAGUCCAAUUUAGUUUAUACUCGCACUCAACAAACCUUGUGGCAAGGGCCUACAAACUAUGACCUUUAUAAUUUAUGAUCUUCACUUUUAAACUUAAACCUCAAAAAAGCAUCUUUGAUGAUACACCUAGGGGGCAUGAUUCUGCAUUUAGAAACUGCAGCUCUUCUGGUUUGCUGACAUACUUUUGAAAUUCUGUCUUGAAAAGAUAGACAGUUUACGUGUUGUCACUUUUUUGUUUGUAUUUUGUUAUUUGUAUAGAUUAAAGUAAGAUUUCUUCAGAUACAUUUUAAUCAGUCAGAGAAAUACUAGAAAGUUACCUCUAUGAUGAAAAAUAUGUGGUGAAAAUGAUUUUCUUCUGUUUAACUUGUUUUGGCUAAGAUUUACAGUUGAAGCUUGAAUAAGCAAUGAGAUGAAAGGCCACUCUACAUAUACAAUAAUAAAUAUAUCCACCACCACCAUAAUCUUCAUCAUCAUCAAGAUUUAUCAAAGAUGCAAAUUGUGCAUCUUAGAACUUGUGCUUAAGCAAAUAACUGUUAAAUGAAGGUUGUAUUUAAAUAUUUAACCCUGUGUGAAGACUUCAGGCCAGUGUUGUUUAGAGUUGUAUGCUAAAAAUAUUGUUGGUUUUGGCAUGAUAGAAAAUUUUCUUGCCUAAUACAUGUUUGAUUUUUGUGUGUGUGAACUUUCAAAACUAUUGCAUAACAAUGUUAGCUCAACUAUUUAUCUUACUAUACAUCUUUUAAUCCGUAAUUAAAUGAAAAGAUAUAGACUUAAUUUUCAUUGACCUAGUAAAAAAGCAAAGAAAUUCUUUUACUUGGACCACACUGUAAACAUGUCCAUGACUGUAAAUGUGCUCAUUUGCUAUUUUUCAUGUACAUGCAUAGAAAAGAUUGUUUUAAAGAGCUUUAUGUGAUUCUUACUUAACUUUGUCUCAGUUUACACUUUACUUUAGGACUAGAGUGUAUUUUUGUGUUGUGCUAAAGUACCAUAAUUAUCCAUGUAUAAUGCGCACCCUCUCCCACCCUUCAAGCCAAAAAUAUUUGGAAAACAAGUUUUGGUCCAAAAAAAAAAGAACAGCUGUAUUAUACGCACACGCACACAUGAUUCCAAGGUGGUCCUGGGGGUAAAAAAGUGCAUUAUAUAGGAGGAUCUCAUGUACAUGUCAUUCUAUAUUUUACUUAUUGUUUAUGAAAUAUUUAUAUGAACAUUUUGGAUAUGUAGUUUUUAGGCAUUAAUUAUGUUUAGAAUAGGAAAAAAGAAGGUUUUUUGUCUGUGUACAUGAAGUAGAUAUUGUAUGAGGAAAAAUCAUGGUCAUUUAUUUGAUUUUAUUCUACUUUGAUUGUUCAUUUGUUGAUAAAUGUUUGCUUUUGUUGUUGAUAAUUGGCUGCUUUUGUUGUUAUUGAUGUUUUUGUGAUAAUUUAUUAGACUAUACAGUGCAGAGUGAAGGUAAUAUUUACUAUUCACUAAAUAAUCUGUUUCCAAUGUGCUUAUUAUUUGUAAAAUUUAGAUAAAUCUUUUUACUUUCUGCUUGUUAAAGGGAGACAAUUCUGCCAAAGUCUUUUCUGCUAAUGGAGACUAACCCUGUCGUUUAUUGAACCUCUAGUCUAAUUUGUGUCCACGUUAAAUGCAUUUAAAUCAAAAUGUUCUUUUUGUCUUAUAUCAGAUAGUGCAAUUGGAAUUGUCUAGUAUAUAAAUAGCUGAAUAACUUCAGACUGUUUUCUAUUGCUUUAAACUCUUACUGAGCUCAUAGCAUUGGAUUUAUAAAAAAAGGUUAUUUUAUAAAAAAUGUGAUUACUUACAUGUGCCUCAUAUAAUGAACCAUCUUUGAUAACAAUAUUGUCUUGAGAAAUUGUGGUAAAAGUUACAAAAGUUUGUAAUGAUUUCAUGUUGUUUGGACAAAAUUCCUUUCUUUAUAAAACAAAUUGCAGAGCCUAAAUAGACACAAACAUGUAAUUAUCUGAAUCUAAAAUAUUGAUUAUAUAAUCUGACAAAUAUUUAUCCCAUCUUACCAUGCUGGAGUCUGCCUUUCCUACCAGUGUAGAUCAUGAUCAGCCUGCACAUCCAUGCAGUCUGAUCAUGAUCUGCACUGUUCACCAUUCAGGCAGUACCAUUUUGGUAAGCACCCAUUUUAACAGUUAAUGGUACUGUCCAAAUUAAAAGAUGGACGAGUUCAUUAUAGAAACUUAGCAGGGUAAGGGGUAUAUAUAAAAGGAGACGGAUAACAUUUUGCAUCUGUUGAAAAAUUCAAUAUCUAUGACCUACCUGUAAUGAAAAGUUUGAAUAGUUUCUUUCAUUGUGCAUGAUGUUCCACAUGUACUUACUUAAUAACAGUAAUGUGCUAAUUUGUUGUUUCUUUGUUUUGAGAAUUAAUAUGCAGGUUGAUAUUUUAUGUUUAUUAUUUUGAUUUUAGGGCUGUGCUCAUUGAUGUAGUUUUUUCUGGCAUUUUUGUAAGAAUGUCAGUAAUGAAGGAGGAGAGUUCAGUUCCAAAAUUAUAAAACUGAGUUUGGAAAUCAGUCUCAAAAUACAGCCUCUCCAUUGGUCAAUUUGAUGGUAGAGCUUAAAAUUGACCAAUCAGAUAGCUAGAGUUUAGGGACUGGUCAUAAGUUUGUAUACAAGACAAAUGUAAUAUCUUGGACAUACAGUUUCGUGGUUUCUGCAAAAUUAGCUAUGUCAUUGGGACAUGAAUUUUGCAGAUUUUAAAUAUUAAAGUUACAAUUAAUGGGUAUUUAUUAGCUCACCUGUCACAUAGUGACAAGGUGAGCUUUUGUGAUCACCCUUUGUCCGCCGUCAGUGCGUCCUUCAACAAUUUCUUGUCUGCACGAUAGCGGUUUCAUUUAUGAUUUUAUUUUAACCAAACUUGCACACAACUUGUAUCACCAUAAGAUCAUGGUUCCUUUCUUGAACUGACCAUAUCUCAUUAUGGGUUCCAGAGUUAUGGCCCCUGAAAGGGCCAAAAUUAGCUAUUUUGACCUUGUCUGCACAAUAGCAGCUUUAUUUAUGAUUUGAUUUUUACCAAACUGGCACACAACUUGUAUCACCAUAAGAUCUCGGUUCCUUUCUUGAACUGGCCAGAUUCCGUUACGGGUUCCAGAGUUAUGGCCCCUGAAAAGGCCAGAAUCAGCUAUUUUGACCUUGUCUGCACAAUAGCAGCUUUAUUUAUGAUUUUAUUUUAACCAAACUUGCACACAACUUGUAUCACCAUAAGGUCUUGGUUCCUUUCUUGAACUGGCCAGAUUCCAUCAUGGGUUCCAGAGUUAUGGCCCCUUAAAAGUCCAAAAUUGGCUAUUUUAGCUUUUGCAGCCAUAUAGAGACUUCAUUUAUGGUUUUUAUUGAUACAAACUUCCAAAAUAUCUUCAACAACAAUAAAUCUUGGAUUCCAUGGCAAAUCAGAUCCAAUCGUAGGUUCCAGAGUUAUUUUGUAUCUGAUUACCUCCCCUGAUUGUGAUCAAAAAGGAUUUAUAUCAGUAAGUACUUACAGGACUUAUUUGAAAUUUCAUUAUUAUUAUUAGUUGGACUGAAACAAUCAGGGUAGAUAACUAUGAACUGAUUUUAUGGCAAAUUACCUCCCUUUAUUUCAAAUUAAAAUAGGUAUAUCUCCAUAAGUAAUGAAGAUACUGAUCUGAAAUUUCAUUUAUGUCAACAGAUUUAUUUGGUAGAUCCUUCUUUUGUUCACUUACAAUAUUUUUUUUUAAUAACUUCCCUUUUAUGUUACUAUAAAUAGGUUAUUUUUAGUAACUUUUUUAUUAUUGGUCAUAGGGAAAAACUGAGAUCACUUUUCUGUGGUACAACAUGGAUGGUACCUCCAACUUUUAGGUGUAUUUUGACAUAUCUAUACCUUGUAAGAAUUUUUUUUUCUUUUUGGUUAAAUUUCUUCGCUUUGUUGUUCCUAUCCUUUGGACUUAGAUAUUUUUUCUGAGGACCUUCUUGUGCUCAAGUGCAAUGAUAACAGGUGAGCGAUAUAGGGCCAUCAUGGCCCUCUUGUUUUUUGGUUGGGAUUGAAUUUCACUUAUUGAUGCAACCAGAAUCCACGAAAAUAAGUACUUCAUGAAUAUUACUCAUUUCACAGUCAUAAUUUUUCAGUAUAUAGCCAGGUUUCAGGAAGCAUUUUCAGAAAUAUGUAAUUAUUUUAUAGGAUGUUUUUUUUUCAUACUGGGAAUUACUUUAAUUUUCUAAUGGAAAGACAAUGGUUGUUCACAUUGAAACUCAUGCAUACAGUAGCUUUAUGGGGCUUGCUUUCACAGGUUAAGGUUGUUCUGCACGUUUGAAAAACCGGAAGUGAUGGCGUAACGUCAUUUAUCCGGAAAACGCAAAAUAAAGCCUGGAUUUGGCGUACGGAAAUGAAAAUCAAUUUAUAAAUUAAUCUAAACCUGUGAGUAAAUUUGUUAUAAUGGCACUGUUGCUAUAUUUCUAAAGUCAAAAUAUGAUAUUAAAACAUAUUGCACGUUAAAAAAAUCAAAAUAAUGUCUUAAAAUUAGCGUGAAAUGCCCGGUUCCCUUUAAUUAUGGUAAAAUAUCUCAAAAGUAAGCACACGGACCUAUACAUUUUAUUUCAUCAAAUUAUAGGCCAUGUGUUUAUUUACAACUGUGAGAAGUUUCAUCAAAAUUUACAUUGUAGAAAAAAUUCUAUUCGCGAAAAUGUUAUGAAAGUUAUGAUUUUCCCAUAGACUCCCAUUAUGAAAUAUUGCGUGAGGUCCAGAUUUUUCAAACCAGCCUAGCAAAAAAUCAAGCACACGACCCUAUCUUUUUUAUUUGCUGAAUUUUCUAGAUAUUAAACUCCGUUUUGAAAAAAUGGAGUUUAAUUGAAUUCUACAUUGUAGAAAAAAAUUGAUCCAAACGUGCAGAACUACCUUAAUAUGGGUUUAAUUUUUUGCCUGAGACAUUUGUCAGAAUUUGUUGUUAAAUUUAGGAAACAAAAAAUCCUUCCAAAGAUUCCUUAGGACUUUUUGGAAAGUCUUCUUUCUCCAGUGAUUAUCAGGAUUAUUGAAUUUUAUGAUUUAUUGGCUCAUAUCAGCUCAUCAUCACAUUCUGGUUAUAGUUCAUAGUUGCAUUGUAUUACAUAUUACUGUGUGCAAUACAUGAUUAUUAUAUUUUGGAAAUAAAUAGACAUUUUAUUGAAGUAUUUACUAAAUCAUCAAAAUAUAACAUUACUUACUUAGUGAAUGCACUGCCAGUACAGUACUUUCUUGCCCAGUAUAGAUUUACUAUUCACUCUAAUUAAGUAGUAAAUGCUUAGUGUAUUUUAAUGAGCAAUAAUUAGUAAAAUUCAUGUCUCCUGAAAAUAUAGUACAGAUUACAAAGAUGUUUUUAAUAGUAAAUGAUUAUGUAUCAGUAAAUAUAUGCAUAUAUUCAUUAUACAGAAAAAUAGCUUGUUCAUGAGAAUAGGUGCAAGAAAUACAAGAAAUUUCAUUUUAUAUUGUAUUGUUUGUUUUAUAAUACAGUUUCCCAGAAGUCAUUUUUAUAAAUAGAUUAUUGAGAAGAUUUAUUUUGACAUUCCCGGUGCUUUGAAGUAUGUUAUAUACUUUAUCAAUUUUUACAGCUUUGCUGUGUGUUACUGUUUAAAGGGAUUUUCAGGUAUAUUUUAGAGAAAUAAUUCCAUAAUACACUGUGACAAUGUACCAUUUUACUCAGUUGAUUAAAAGAAUAAGAUAGAAGGCAUUUUAUCAAACAAACUCUUGCUGCAAAAAAAUGCUACCUGAUGUUAAGUUAGGAAAACAUGUGAAAGAUAUAUAUAAAUAUAAAGAUAUAUUAAAAUAUAUUUAUGUCAAAAUCUAAUUUAAUCAGUGGUAAUAUAUAUGAAUUUUAGAAAGAAAAGUCAACACAGUAUUCAGUUAAUAUUCUAAACCUGACAUAAUUUUAUGUAGAUUAAGUUAGAAAAAUUAUGAACAUUGCUCACCCAUGUCAUCAUUUAUUUGUGUCACUAUGUCUGUCAACACUAUGUGAACAAAAACAUUUCCAUUAUAAGUAAACAGAUAUUUAUUUUUCUUUCAAUAUUCCUUUAAUAAUUCUUUGUAAUAUGAACAUAUCGGAGACAAUAACUUUUUCAUUACUAGAAUAUAGUUGCUUUAGAUUUUGUCAUGAAGUUGCUUGUUUGUUUAUCAUUUUCUCAUGCCAAUUACCAUGACAACUAGACUGCAGAAAAGAUAUGAUUUUAUUAUAUGAACUAUACAUAAUCACAUUAUGACUGACUAGGGCCCCAUGUGGUUCUGGGACGAUCUGUAUAUGAAAAGAAUUGGAACCACUGCCUUACCAUUGCAUGAUCGUAAGAAACGACUAAUAGGGUCUUAACACUUGGUUUUGCUGUAACUCUGCGAUUCCAGCAGGUAUGCAAAUUUUGAUUCCAUACCUCAUGUUUUUAUUUCGAUGUAAAUGAGAUGCGAAACCAAAAUUUGUAGUCCUGUUUAGCGCCAUAUAACCUAUACUGUGUUGGUGCGCCGUAAAAAUCCAAAUAAAUAAAUAAAUAAACUUGUCAUAGCACACUAUACUGUAUGAUAUUGCAGCUUUUACUUUGGUUUUGAAAAAACUAUGCAUAAACUUAUUAUAUUGUAUAGAUACUAAAUUAGCCAGUCUUGGUAUGCAUAAUUCAUACCUUAAAACAUCUUAAAACAGUUACAGACUUUUGCUUUCCUGGUCAAUAUUCUUUUUACCCCUGUUUAUAUGAAUUCAUAUUGCACAGUAUUUUUCAAGUAUAUUACUAUUAGCUAGCAGUGUGUACCAGUAUAUUUGUUAAAUGUAAAAGUUAGGUUUUUAAUUAUGAAGUUCCCUUUAUGUACAUUUUAGAUUAGAUAUGUUGGUGAUAUUUCGGUGUAUCAAUUUCACAUAGCUUUCAUUUCAUGUUGCAAAUAAUUGUCAAGUAAUAAUUUAUUCAGAUUUUAUGGCACAUUGUAUUUUGAUGCUUGUUUAUGUUAAAUCAUUUAUAGUUUUUGCUUAAAUGAUUUCAAUAAUGUGCUUAAACAGGUGGUAAUUUAAGGUGGUUUAAAGGAAGACUUUCACUAUGUCAACAUGUUUAUCGUAAUGCACUGUUCUUACUCCAGUAAAGGAAAACAAUUCUCAGACAGUCCUUGGUAUGCAAGUAUAUAUUCAAAAUUUCAUUGUAAAUAUUUAAAAGCAAAUUGCAGUUAUAUUAUGUUUUCUCGAGAUCUUGCAUUAUCUUGAUACUUCUAAAAUAACUUUUGCAUUUUUCUGCACUAUUGCUGGUGUAAUUCCAACAUAAUCAAAAAGAUGGAGAAUAGAGUGAUGUUGAAAAACACAGUUAUCUAUACCAACCGUUAUAGUGAAAGUCUCUCUUUAAACCACUGUCAGAUUUUUUUCACAGCUCAACAUGGUUUAUAAUACUUGUUGUAGUAACAUUUAUCAGCAACUUACUUUCUCAUGUCUUUCAGGUUGUGUCUUCACAACACAAUAAAAAUCUAUUUCAUUUA